GAUGAGCACAGUGUACGACCCAAGCAAAAAGGUAUGGACUGGCAUCACCCAGCCAAGCCUCUUUAAUCCGCAAGCCAACAUGGGGCAGCUUAUACUGAACCUGCUCGAGCGGAAUCCAUCGAAAGUAAUUCAGGUAAGCGUAGAAACGGGCGCUACGGUCACCUGUGAAGAAAUGCGCCUGCGUACGAUUCGCAUUGUUCAGAACUUCGCUACUUUGGGAUCACCCCGAAAAGGAGACUUCGUAUGUUUCGCUGCGAGAAACAGAGAAAAUCUAGCCCCCCUAGUUUACGCAUGCUUCCUGAUAGGAGCUCCAGUUCACUGUCUAGAUCCAGAUUUCGCGGUCCGCGAUAUAGUCUCUAUGUUGCGACUUUCCAAACCUGUCAUGGUGGUGGCUGAUGAGGACAAUGUUCAAACGGUCAAGCAAGCCUGUGCAGAGGCGGGAAUCCUCCCUAAAUACGUUUUACUCGAUAAGGUUACUGAGAACGGAGAUAUUUCCGCUUCAGAAUUGAUCAAAGAAACGGGUCAAGAAGAAAUGUUCUACCCCGCUUAUCUAGGGAAUUCAGAGCAGUUGGUUGCUGCUGUGGUUUGUUCAUCGGGAACUACCGGAAUGCCAAAAGGGAUAUGCAUCUCGCAUGCCACUUUUAUCAACCAAUAUGUUCUACUAAGCAACCUCAGCAAGAUCCAGGAUGGAUUCAAUUUCAGCUCACUUUACUGGUUGUCCGGUUUUGGCAUGCUUCUUCAAAGUGUUUUCAAUAAUUUCACACGCUACAUUACAACUCGUCGCUUCAGUCCGGAAGCAUUUUUCGAAAUAAUCGCAAAGUACAAAAUCUCCAACGUUUUCGCACCACCUACACAGCUGGCACUGAUUCUACAAAGUGAACAUCUAGGCCAAGCGGAUCUCUCCAGCAUCAGGCUUCUGUUCUCAGGUGGAGCCUAUGUUUCGCCGGCUUUACGCAGGUCAGUUCAAAAAUGGCUUCCCAAUGGUACCAUAGGUGUUGGUUACGGAUUCUCCGAAGUCGGCUAUGUUUCCGCUGAAAUGGGCGCACAAAAACGAGAAGGUUCAGUUGGUCAACUGGCACCUAAUGUCGAGAUUAAACUGCUAGAUGAUGAUGAUAAGCAGGUUGGAAUAAAUGAACGUGGAGUUCUGUGGGCGCGGUAUUCGUUGCCGACCCUCGGUUACUUGAAUAAUCCUGCGGCCACCGAGGAACUAAUGUCGCCGGACGGAUGGGUAUGCAGCGGUGAUAUCGCAUACUUCGACGAAGACGGAUUUCUGUUUGUGGUGGAUCGGAAGAAAGAGAUAAUCAAGUAUCGAAAUUAUCAAAUUUCCCCAGUUGAGAUCGAAGAAGUGAUCGAGGAAAUUCCCGAGGUCUUGCACGUGUGCGUCGUUGGCUUAGUCGAUGAAGAAAUGGCUGUUGACCUUCCCACGGCCAUCAUAGCCUUACGUGACGGCAGCUCGCUUGACGAGCGACGAGUUACGGAUUUAGUUGCUGAAAAGUUGAGUGAUUUCAAACAACUCCGAGGUGGGGUAUUUUUUGUCGACCAAAUGCCACUGACCAUAUCGGGUAAGCUGAACCGAUUUGAGAUUAAAAAGCUUGCACGGCAGAGAGCGUCAGAGCUUCGCGGAAAGUAACACAUAUUAUUUUACGAUUGAGUUUCGUUUGAAUUUUUUCAAGCAACGUGUUUUGUUUGGAAUUAAGUUCCGCAGUCAUUUUUUAAUUGAGACGUCCAUUUUUCACAUAAACAACGUAAUAGGCAGGGUUAGGCCCUAGUUAUAGUGAAAGCGAAUAGCGGCGCGAGGCGACUUGCCUUGUCGUGCUUCAAGGUACACCUGUUAACAUUAGCGUUUUUUCCAUUGUCACGAGAGCAGUUCUCAAUAUUCAUGUCAAAAUAUCGUGAGCACAAAUGAAAAUAUAAGUGAAGGACAAUUGCGCGAUAACGUAUCUGACACUUCAAGGACCUUGUUGGCGCCUUUUUUUGUUUACCAUUUCUACAAAAAAUAACUCGUAACUGUCGAUUGUUGUCAAGACGUUAAUUGGGUUGGGAAAUACCAACCCUCUCGAAAUUAGAUUGUGUCCAUAACGAGUGUAGAUUAAAUGGAGUAAAA